AGCACUCCGUUCCGAGACCAGUGCCUCAUUUUCCACCGUCAGUCUUACUAGGCCCAUCAGGUAAAGCUUCCAAGAUUGGUAAGCCAAUGAGAAAGGGUUCACGAAAACUGCAAAGAAGUGGACUAAAAAGGAACCGCAUGUCACCUCAUCAUGGAGCUUCGUCUGGCCUUGUUACUCUUCAAAGAAUCAGGACAGCGGCUGUGUCUAUCGGACCUGCUUACUUCACCACAGUAACAAUGGAUGAGUGGGGAAACAUAUCAGAACAGACUGUGCAUGUGUGUACCUCUCACGGACAGAAGUCCUGUAUCCCGGCCAAUGGGCACGACUCCGGACGGAUCCGCACGUGCGCAAUCGUGGGCAGUGGUGGCAUCCUAACCGGCAGUCUUUGCGGCACUAACAUCGACGCCAACGAAUACGUCAUACGAUUCAACCUCGCUCCCACGGUUGGCUUUGAGCAAGAUGUCGGCAACAAAGCAAAUCUAACGAUCUUGAACAAGGAAAUAUUAGACAGAGUCAAAGCAAGCUUGAAAUCUAAAGACUCGGAAGGCUUUGCAAGUAGAUUAAAGCAAAUGAAGACCAGUAUUUUCCUUUACGCAAAAGGGAGACGCACAGACCUUUUUAGGAGCUUGUUACAGUUAGCAUGGGCAUCUAAUAUCUCAAUAACCCUUGAUUACAUCGAAGCGCACUAUCUCACCGCAAAAAUCAUCAUGAAAAUAUUCCCGCGAUAUGACCGAGACUUUGACAGCUACGUGACUACAGGGCUUAUAGGAGUCGUCUUGGCUACAACACUUUGCAACAAGAUCACCCUCUACGGAUUCUAUCCCUUUAACACAGACCCACUAACGGGGAGGAAUCUUUCCUAUCACUACUAUCUAAACAUUGACGGGAAUCUAGGGGAGCCAAACAACAAGGUACAUGAUUACAAGACGGAGUACAAACUGCUGCGGGCGUUGGAGAAGAGACGCCUGCUCACGCUAGUGAAAGAACCCUGUCAUAGGCAACAUGUCCAACGGAACAUACGUUAG